AUGUUACCCAGUGACGUUCGGCAUAAAAAAAUGAGGUCUUCGAUCAAACGCCCGCCCACUCCAGACGCAGAGGAGGAAGAACAUGAUCGAGAACCUACUCUUCAAGAAAUCAUCAACAUCAAAUUGAUUGAGAGUGGCGAGAAAGAACGACUGAAGGAGCUUCUGAGGGAAAGGCUUAUCGAGUGUGGUUGGAAAGAUGAAAUGAAAUCACUUUGCAGAUCAUUUACAAGGAAGAAAGGAAGGAGUAAUGUAACUAUUGAUGACCUUGUUCAUCUCAUUACACCAAAAGGCAGAGCUGCUGUUCCUGAUUCUGUAAAAGCUGAGCUAUUGCAAAGAAUUCGAUCUUUUCUUCAAUCAGCAGCUCUUUGAUUACAUUGCGAUUGUGAAAUGUUUUGAGAGUCGAAAUCUCAUGAUAGCUGUGGUUUGUGAUGAUACUCUGGGAUUCUGUUUGGAAUUAUGUUAGGCAAGUUGUGGGAUUUCGAGAUAUAAUGGUUGGACUUGGAUCUGCAUAUCUUGAAAAUAUAACCGAGAUUUUGUCGUAUGAUUCUAUUUAAUAUAGCCCAUGGAUUCAAGUGUUAUUAUUAUUUUCUAUGAUAUUUUGUUUGAAUUGUCAGGCAAUAUUUUGUCAUAGAUUCUAUUUGUGUCAUUUUAUGUAUUCUUCAAGGUGGUAAUAAUAGAUUUGCAGUUGCAC